AUGAGUGGAGAAAUAAUUCCACAACAACCUAUAACAACGAGUACCAUAUUGAAAGAGAUCGAGUUGGAGGUUAGACUCCAGUUACAGAAUGAGUCUUUCAAGGAAUUUAAAGCAAGUGACGAGUUUGAACACUUUUUAUUGACAAAAGUGAUUGAACAGAGUCAGAAUAAUAACCCUGUGAAUGAUCAAUCCCCACACAACUCUCCUCAUCAAUCUGAGACUGUAAGCUCUUCUAGAUCAGACAAGUCUAACUCUUCUAUUGGUUCUCCACAGUCCAGUAAUUUCUUCUCCAAGAUUUUCAAGAAGAAAUCUACAACAAGCACUGCUGUUCAAGAACCAAAAUCUGAUGAAUCAAUUACAGAUGAUGAAACGUCAGUUGGAAGUGGUGAAUCAGAAUAUAUUUACAAUCCUCAGAAUCCUAAUGAUAUCACCUUUGUGGAAAAUCUUCAGAUCAGAAAGUGGAGUAAUCAACAAGUGAUCAACUUUUUCAAAUUCAAGUUGGAUCUACCAGAAUAUACUGAUGCUUUGAAAAAGAAUGAAAUCAAAGGAAUUGAUCUUAGCUUAUUGAAAAAGGAAGAUACUCCAGAUCAAGCAGCAGAUAAGAUUGAUACUUCUGAUCUUCAAAAGAAGGUCGAUGCACUCUACAAGAAGAUAAAGAUGGUUAAACUUGGACACAAGAAAAAGCUUCAAAGAGAAGUCAAUGAAGCAAUAAUUGCCUAUCAGAAAAAGCAACAAAAAUCCAACAAGAUUUCAUCUCUUGAACGUCCAAGAAAAGUUUCUGAUUCUAUUCUUCCAAAAUCACAAAUCUCCACAUCAAUGGACGCUGACUUGACUACGAUCAUUAUCAAGUUGUGGAUUCUGCCAAUGGAUCAGAAACGAGUUUUCACUGUCAAACGUUGUAUCAAGCUUGAUCGUUUAAAAACAAUCAUUCUCAAGGAAGUUAGUGAUAUUGUAGAGAAAAAGUUUCCAUCUGAAAAUCCAACACUUUUAAUGAAUAAUCGAGUCAUUAAAACCUCAAAAGGUGACUCUCUCACUUCUAAUGAAAAACUUUACCAAUACCUAUGCUCAGAAUCUACCAGCAGUCAAUUUGUUACUCUAAAGAUUGAAUUUUAA